AACUAUGAUAAGAUAGUAAUAUGUUACUCUCCACUAACGGCAACAUCGAAAUUGUGAGCAACGAAUUCUGUCGGCCGCUGUAGGUAAACUUUGUGCGUUAACAUUUGACAACAGACUACCUGCCAUUUUUUCAUGCGAUUUUUCGAGUUAAGUUUAUCCGGCUGUACUGUGUUUUACAGUGCCAGUAAAAUUUAUGUAAACUAUACUAUCGUACGUAUAAUUAUUAGUGAGUAUCGUAUUUUGAAGAUUCAAAUUUUGAAAAUCUUAUUAUUUUUGUCGCUGCAUAAUUGGUUAUGUCUUCGUCAAAUGUUGAAUUGAUCGAUGAAGAUUCUGGCAAAUGAAAUUCAGUAACCUGCAGUACUUAGGGAUAUUUGUGCAUUUCAGUUAAUACAAGCUAUAAAUUGAGUAUAAAGAAUUUAUAUUGAUGUUAAAAUAUUUCAAUGUCAAACGAUCAACAAGAAGAAUAUACAAUAAUUACAUCAACUGGGUCUAAUAAUCGUGGACAAAUGUCUCAGCCACAUCUUACAUUUACACCACCCACUCAAAUUUUUCGCUCUGAAUGGCAGCGGUUUCCUGAGUUUCAUGCUUGGUUACGGCCCAUUGAUGGUGAUGUAACAAAGGCAUGGUGUAUUGCAUGUGAACGCAUGUUUCGUGCUGAUCUAAAAUCGCUCAGAGUACAUGGAGUUAGCAAAGCUCAUGUAAGAAUGGUUCGUGCUCGAUGCCCUAAUGCUGAUGAUAAUCCUGUUCCACCUAUUGAGUAUAAUGUUGUUACUGAUAAGAAAGGUACUUAUGGAAUAGCUGUAGUAACAAAUAAAGAAGAUAAAAGUUCGUUGGGAUCUAGAGCAUUAUAUAUGAAUCAAACAAAUCCUACUGAAGAAAUUAUAACAUCUGAAAUGGCUGCUCAAUCUCAACGAGAUAAAUAUGUUGUGGUGUCAUUGCCUAAUGAAGAUGAAGAUGACAAUGAUGGUCCCCAAACAUCUGGAUCCAAUACUCAAUAUAUUCAGAAAGAGGUUAAUGUUAUUGAUGAAACUGGUAAUUUGGUAUCUGUAGUUACUGAACAUGUUAAGAAAAAUAAAGAUAAUGAAGAUGACUAUGAUGUGGGUAUUCAAUCUAAUGACUAUCACAGUACGUCGAACUAUGAAAAAAUGGAUCAAAAACAUGAAGAUAUCCAAUGCAAAGCAAUGGUGUCAAAACCUGCCCCAUUUUGGAAAGCUACCGCAGUUGUCAAUGGUCAUGUAACUGAAUUGAAACUCAGUGACUACAAUGGUCGUUAUUUAGUUCUAUUCUUUUAUCCACAAGACUUUUCAAGGAUUUGCCCCAGUGAACUUAUUGCUCUUAGUGACAGAGUUUCAGAAUUUAGAGCCUUAAACACUGAAGUAGUAGCAUGUUCAGUUGAUUCUUAUCUUUCUCAUCAAGCUUGGUCUCGUACACUUCGUUCAGAUGGUGGGAUUGCUAUACCUAAAAUGCCUUUAUUAUCAGAUCCUACUCAUACUAUAAGUAAAAGUUAUGGAUGUUACCUUCCUGAACUUGGUCAUUCACUAAGAGCACAUUAUAUAAUUGAUAUGAGAGGCAUUCUAAGACAUGUGACCAUCAAUGAUUUACCAGUUGGUCGUAAUAUUGGUGAAAUAUUAAGACUUUUGGAAGCUUUUCAAUAUACUGAUGAAACUGAAACUCUUUGUCCUGCAGAUUGGAAACCAGGCGAACCAACUAUUUCAUAAUAUUAUUAUUAUUAUUAUUGCUACUAUUUAACUUAGGUUCAACUGUAGCUUACUAGUAUUAUAAAACUGAAGUUUUAUAAUUUUUUUUUUUUUGUUUUUUAUUGUGCUACUUCUAAAAUAAAUCAUUUGAUUUUAUUUAUGUAAAAUAGUUGAUAUAUAUUAUAUAUAUAUACAUUUGUAACUCAUUCAAACUAUGUAAUUUAAGUAUCUACAUAAAAAUGUCAAUUAAUUCAACACUUGAUAUUGUAUAUUUGACUAAGAAUGAUAAUAAAAACAACUUUUUUUUAUUAAA